CAACACAACAUAAUAAUAAUAAAGUUUUGUUUUUGUUUCGGUUUUGAGUUGUGUUGUGUUCAAUGGUUGAAUUAGGAAUCGGAAUCUCAUUGGUGCUGUAAUGAUGCGAUCUUCGAUUUGCUGAUUUGCUUUGGCCGUUGAUUUUGGUUACUUUGGGUCAACAACAAGGGACAAAACAGAGAAAUGAACGGCGGUGAAGAGGUUAUCACGGUGACUCCACCGCAGCCGCUCGAGUGGAAGUUCUCUCAGGUCUUCGGUGAGCGAACCGCCGGGGAAGAAGUCCAGGAAGUUGAUAUAAUUUCAGCAAUUGAAUUUGACAAAUCUGGCGAUCAUCUUGCUACUGGUGAUCGUGGGGGGCGGGUGGUUCUCUUUGAGCGAACAGACAAUAAGGAUCAUGGAGGAUCCAGAAGGGAUCUGGAGAGAAUGGAUUAUCCAAUAACUAGGCAUCCUGAAUUUCGUUACAAAACCGAGUUUCAGAGCCAUGAACCUGAGUUUGACUAUCUAAAGAGCUUGGAAAUAGAGGAGAAAAUCAACAAGAUCAGAUGGUGCCAAACAGCCAAUGGUGCACUGUUUCUCCUUUCUACUAAUGAUAAAACCAUCAAAUUUUGGAAGGUACAGGAAAAGAAGGUCAAGAAAAUUUCUGACAUGAAUUUGGACCCUUUGAAAGCUGUAGCAAAUGGAAGUGUUGCUAGUUCAAGUAAUGCUAGUAGCCCUAAACCAUAUCUUGCAAAUGGUGGAUGUCUGGACAAAUCAUAUAGUUCUCUGAGCAAUGAAUUUUCGAUUCCACCUGGGGGCAUUCCUUCACUACGUUUACCGACGGUAGUAACUAGCAACGAGAUUAGCCUAAUGGCUAGAUGCCGAAGGGUAUAUGCUCAUGCUCAUGACUAUCAUAUCAAUUCUAUCUCAAACAAUAGUGAUGGUGAAACAUUUAUAUCAGCUGAUGACCUGCGCAUCAAUCUUUGGAACUUGGAAAUUAGCAAUCAGAGUUUUAAUAUUGUUGAUGUCAAGCCUGCAAACAUGGAGGAUCUAACUGAGGUGAUAACAUCAGCAGAAUUCCACCCUACCCAUUGUAAUACGUUAGCAUAUAGCAGUUCUAAAGGCUCAAUACGGCUUAUUGAUUUGCGACAAUCGGCUUUAUGUGAUUCUCAUGCUAAAUUAUUUGAGGAACAAGAGGCGCCUGGUUCUAGAUCAUUUUUCACAGAGAUAAUUGCUUCAAUCUCAGAUAUUAAAUUUGCAAAGGACGGAAGAUAUAUACUUAGUCGUGACUACAUGACUCUUAAGUUGUGGGAUAUUAACAUGGAUUCAGGUCCUGUUGCAACUUUCCAGGUUCAUGAAUAUUUAAGACCUAAGCUGUGUGAUUUAUAUGAAAAUGAUUCAAUCUUUGAUAAAUUCGAGUGUUGCCUAAGUGGUGAUGGAUUGCGAGUAGCAACAGGUUCUUACAGCAAUCUAUUCCGUGUGUUUGGUUGUGCACCGGGAAGUACUGAAGCAGCAACGUUGGAGGCCAGCAAAAAUCCAAUGAGGAGACAAGUUCAAACACCUUCAAGGCCUUCCAGAUCCCUUAGCAGUAUAACACGUGUUGUCAGACGAGGAGCAGACAGUCCUGGAGUUGAUGCAAAUGGAAAUUCUUUUGAUUUCACGACAAAGUUGCUCCACCUAGCAUGGCACCCAACUGAAAACUCAAUUGCUUGUGCUGCUGCAAACAGCUUGUACAUGUACUAUGCAUAAAGAUGGUGCGGGAAGAAAUGUAUUUCUUGGUUAACUUUUUUGGGUUGCUGUCGGAGAAGGCUUCUUUUCCCUUUCCCACCAACCAGUGAACUGGAGGCUACAUAAAAUCGUCACACUGGCGCAAGUGCCCCUUAACUCUGUAGCACAUGCUAUAGUAGGAAGGUUGUGAAAUGGCUGUCACAGAAUCCACGAGGAAGCUACCUGAUUUUGUUCCCGGGUGGGCAGCUUGAUUCUCUUUUUACUUAAUUCCUCUUCCCAAGCCCCCAAAUUCCUUCUUCCUUUUUCUGUUUUGCGCAUCUCCUGGUAAAAUAGUAGAUGCAGUUAUGUUUUAAAAUUGUGUUGGGUCGAAGUCCAAGAAGAAAAAUGUGAUUGUAGCUCUCCUACAACAAAAACUAAAGGAUGUUCAAUAUUUGCCACUAGGUUUAAGGUAAAUGUAGUUUUUUUUUUUUUUUUUCUUUUUUUUCAUUUUUUUUACAAAUCUUGGUGGGAAGGAGCUGUUGAAAACUUGCAGUGCAUCAUUUUUUUAUUGAUUCUUUGUUGUGUUUGGAACAUAACCCUUUAGUUCUAAGAUAAAUGUAGCCUCUGUUUUUCUUUCC